AUGGAGGUCUACAUCCCGUCUUUUCGCUACGAGGAGAGUGAUCUGGAGCGGGGAUACACGGUGUUUAAGAUAGAAGUGUUAAUGAAUGGAAGGAAACAUUUUGUUGAAAAGAGGUACAGCGAAUUCCAUGCCCUGCACAAAAAGCUUAAGAAAUGUAUAAAAACACCAGAAAUCCCUUCUAAACAUGUUAGAAACUGGGUCCCUAAAGUCUUGGAACAACGACGACAAGGUUUGGAAACAUAUUUACAGGCUGUCAUUCUAGAAAAUGAAGAACUACCCAAACUGUUUCUUGAUUUCCUAAAUGUGCGACACUUACCUUCUCUACCAAAAGCAGAGAGUUGUGGGUCUUUUGAAGAGACAGAAUCUGAAGAGUCAAGCAAACUGUCCCACCAGCCGGUGCUGCUGUUCCUCAGGGAUCCAUACGUCUUGCCUGCAGCCAGCGAUUGUCCAAAUGUGGUUAUUGAAGGAGUUCUCCAUGGAAUCUUUUACCCUCACCUACAGCCCAGGUAG